CUGUGGCGAACGUACCGAGGUCGCCUACUCCGUGUUGUCAGGAGUGAUGAUGAAGUUAAGGAGAUCCUGACACGCUACCAUGACAACAAUAACCAUGCUGGCCGAAUGCGUGCAGUAAAAGAGAUAAUGGAUAGUUUUAGAAGCAGAUCUUUUUCUUCUUUUCUGUCUGUCCAGCUGAUGUACUACUGGGUUGGAGUGACGGAAGCUGUGAAGAACUGGAUCAAAGCGUGUUCCGUUUGUCAAAGUCGACUUCUCGCUCCACACCAAGAAGCCCGUGUUCAGUGCUGUUUGGUUUAUGGCUGCGAUGCCUCCAGUUUUGCAAACCCUGAUCUCACCUUUCACAGGUUUCCAAAAAAUGCCGAGCAGCGGCAGAGGUGGUUGGCAGUGGCCCAGAGGGACGAAGGCUCGCUGCGCACAAACUCCUUCAUCUGCUCCCGACACUUUGACACAUCUUGCUUCACUCUGACGGAAGACGGCCAGCAAAUACUAUUAUCAGAUGCUGUUCCGACCCUGAUAUGGGAGACAGUACAGGAGAAUGAGGUGCAUGUCCUUUCAGAUGAGGACUUCCUUCAUCCUGAGUCACUGGAAGAUGUCCUUUCCACAGCUGCAGCAAAUGCAGCAACAAGAAGCACAGAGCCCUUUUAUCAUUCUGAAACAACUGUGGGGCUGCAGGAACACCAAUAUUGUCGCCCUGGUCCUGAUCCAGACCUCAGAGCAUCCAAGUUUAUGAGAAAGGACCAAAGGGAGACUCUUGUUGAGAAGAGCUUCAUUACAUACAGCCAUAUUGCCAGAUACCUAAGCACCAGGGUGUUACCCAUGCAAGGCAAGAGAAAAAGAAAUGCCUUAAAAAGAAUGGCCAAGCGAUUUGCCUUAAUAGAAGGAGUACUGAUGUACACGCGAGUUAACUCCAUCCUACAGCAGUUCCAUGACAACCAAGGCCACUAUGGCCAGGGCAUCUGCCAGCGACAAAUCGCAAAGCACUUUUACUGGGGCAGCAUGGCUCAUGACCUGGCCGGCUGGAUCUCCAGCUGUCACACCUGCCUCAACAGAACGAAGAGGAAGUGGCUUCGCUGCAGUGUCUACAAGUGUUCUAACUGCAGUGGGCCAGUGGAGAGAGGCCUGGGCCUCACGUUCCAUAAGUUUCCUCUUCACAACUCCGCUCUGCUGUCUCAGUGGAUGAGAGCCGUGGGCCGUGUUAACUGGCAUCCUCGACUCUGGUCAUCCAUAUGUUCUGCCCAUUUCACCGAGGACUGCUUUGAUCGCAGUGGGGAGAAUGUUGUCCUCCAUGAAGAUGCUCUGCCCACAUUAAUGGUCCACAGUGAGUCAGCGAUUCUGUCCAGAAGUCCAACCCAGCCUCCAGUUGGGGAAGAGGGUAAGCGGGCGUUUUUCGCAAAGUACGAUGCCGUGGAACUGUACCUCAGCAAGCGCACCUAUCCUCCUGGACUGAGUUACGUGGAGAAGAACACUUUCAGGAGGUUCUGCAAAAAAUUUGCCAUCAAAGAUGGAAUUCUGCACAUGGUAAAGGGAGACCGGGCGCGAUUGGUCUUAAGGAACAGGCAGGAGGUGGAAGCUGCCCUGGUGGACUUUCACAAUGAACUGAACCAUCUUGACGUCAACAAGUGUCUCAGACUGCUCAAUGAGAGAUACUUCUGGAGAACUAUGAGACCUGAUGUGGUGCAGUGGAUUAACAACUGCUCCCUGUGCACCGUAAAGAGGAGGAAGAAAACAGAUAGAAGAGAAGAAGAAAUAUCAGAGGUCCUGCAGGCAUUGAGAUCUCCACAGCAUCACUCAGACAGUGAGAAGAACAAUACCAGUUUCAAUGCUUGUGAUGAAGAUGAUGAUGAUGUUGGUGAUGAUGAUGAGGAUGAUGAGGGGGGUGGGGCAAGCCAUGAUAACACAGAGGAGCAACAGAUAGUUGAAUCAGUUGACACAUGGUACCAGGAAACACCUUCAUCAACUCCCACCAAACCUCAGGCUAGAAUCCCCAUCCUCCUCCACCUGAGAACUCCAAACAGUCCUUUAACUGGAACAAUUCUCGCACGGUCUGAAAUAUCAGAAAGGCAACCCAGUAUUCUGAUUCAGCGGAAAGAGUCAACACAGCUCAAGGCCCAGAUAGAACCGAGAAGCUCUCACGGCAGUGAUACGCAUCAAUACAUCCAAACCCGGGGUGAAAUCAGAUCUCCUCUACUUGAGCAAAGUCAAUUUCCAUGUGAAGACAGUGGACCAAGCACCAAAAAUGUGAUAGAACUCCAAAGCAAGCGUAGUGGCAACCAGAGUUUGAAGAGGGGGAGAGAACUGGAGAAAAAUCCUACGAAUAAAGAAAGCUCCAGCUGUGGUCUGGAGCCCAUAGUGGCUCCAAGCACAAAACCCUGGCCCGUUUUCACAAUUUCCAAUGCUGUCGUGACACAGGCUGCACAACCUCUUCCUGAAGUGGUCAGCAUUCUUCCAGAGUCUAAGAAGUCCAAAAGACCCCAGGCCCGGACUAUUAUCCAGCAGUGCAGCCAGGCAAAAGUUAAGGUCAGACCUGCGCUUAAUGGGGCUGAAGCUCAGUGGACUGAGAUCCAGGCUGGAAUGGUUGUGUACGUGUGCUUUUUCCACGGAGCCACAGAAAAGGUUACAUAUGAGAUGGCCAACAGUCUGAUGUCCAUCAAGCUUUUUCGAAAAGACUCUGGGCACUCCGUGUCUCUCCUCGACCUUCCAGGGAGUGUUUUAUUUGUCCCCCAGGACAGCUUGCUCGGAGAGCCACUGCCCAACAAAAGAAUCCAGUACAAAGGCGGUUGUGAGCUGUGGUGGGGGGCGCAGCUUUUCUCAAACCUGGUGUCAGCCUGCAGGGAGCUCAUGGCGGGUUCAGCCAAGUGCACAAAGGCAGGUACUAAGGUGGAGCAAGGAGUCUACGGACAGAAACAGGAGAUCGUCCUGAGUUCUCCGGAGCCGCUGUCACUGUUGCUGGAGUUCUGA